CCAAAAUUUUCGCCCACCUCAGAUAUAAGCCUUCACAAGUUUGUUCGCUUUGCAAAUAGAUUACGAAGUUCCUCAACCAUCCUCAACACCAAUGAAGUUACUGACCGCCAAUUUUCUGGCUUGUGCUGUCAAAGGAUGCAAAGCAUCUGCGUCAUCCUAUCCCUUGCAUUUCAAAGAUGCUGAGCUUGAGCUGCAAGAGCUCGACUACCAGCCAGUAUUCUUACAAAAUAUCAUGCCGCGAAUCGACUGGGAAGGUCUGCGUAUGAUAGCCAACGAGCUGGGUUUCCCCAGACUCCCUGAUACGAAGCCCGAAGGCGAUACUCUCAAUGAUGAAACGACAUUGAGGGACCUUCACAGACUUCUUCUAGAGACGCAUGUUGUGGAAGGAAAACUAUGCUGUGGCAACUGUGGUCAUGAGUACAUGAUUAAGGAAGGGAUUGCUAAUUUCCUUCUUCCCAGCCACCUGGUAUGAGUUAUGAUGCACAAUUCUACAUGCGUCGGUGCCAUGGUCAGACUUUUGUUAUAUACCCCGUUCGUAUUUUGACUGGGGACUUUUCUAUGAUGUUGCCGGAGAAAAGAUUGCCCUGUUUACCUCUCUGAAAGGAUGCAGAGACUCCCUUGGUUGUGUAUUGAAUGUUUGUAUCACAACUGAUAUUAUGCACGGGUUUGAUGGGACAUGAGACGAUGCAGUCGACCCGACUAAUACCUAUGUUGGACGAGUCCUUUAACCUCAAUAAGAGUCCUGACCCUAAAAUGUACUAGAAUGUUCGGCGCCGUCAAAUUCCUGCUACUUGCUGUCUAGCCGUGAAUGCUUCAUGCAGCAACUUAAUAUGAAGUUCUUGACCAAAC